GCCUGGCACGCCGGGCUCCGUGGUCGACAUGGCCCACUGUGCGGCGGGCGGCGCGGCCCCCGCGGCGCUCCUGAGGUCCCCAGGACCCGGCAGGAAGGGGCCGCCCAGGAAGGGGCCCGGGGAGCGGCGCCGGCUGAAGGCCGUGGUGUCGGAGCAGCUCAGCCGCGACGUGCUCAGGCUCUUAAGGGAAGAAAUCCACACAGACACUGUUCUUUCUGUUGGUGGUUCUUUGUUCAAAGUGCACAGGGCAGUCUUGCUAGCCAGAGCUCCUGGCUUUCAUUUCCACGUCAUUGGACAGACGUCGAGGGGCCUAACAAAUGAGCUUGUUCCUGUGGACAAUGUUGAAGCUUCAGAAUUUAGAGCCUUUUUACAGAUUAUAUAUUCAUCAAACAAAAGCAUACAAAACUAUGAAGAGGAAAUUCUUAAAAAAAUGAAAGUGGAAAAUGUAAUGCCAGAAACAAAUCCUGACUUUAGCUUUCAGGGCUGUGGAGAUUCGUCCACUUGUUUCCUGGGGAAGCGUGAAAUUCCAGAGGAUAUUACUGGUGGAGGCAGCAGUUUUAUUUCCAGUGAUAAUUAUGACCUGGAACCUGCAUCUGAAUUAGGAGAAGAUUUGUUGAAGCUUUACGUGAAACAGUGUUGUCCCGACAUCGAUAUUUGUGUUGAUGGGAAGAGUUUCAGAGCUCACAGGGCCAUUUUAAGUGCCAGGUCUGGUUAUUUUGCUGCCAUGCUGAGUGGCUGCUGGGCUGAAAGCUCCCAAGAGUGUGUUACUCUUCAAGGUAUCACCCAUGUAGAAAUGAAUGUUGUGAUGCAUUUUAUAUAUGGAGGGACUUUGGAUUUACCAGACAAAGCUAAUGUUGGUCAGAUACUGAACGUGGCUGACAUGUACGGCCUGGAAGGGUUGAGAGAAGUAGCAGUCUACAUCUUAAGAAGAGACUACUGUAACUUCUUUCAGAAGCCUGUUCCCAGAACACUGGCAUCGAUUCUAGAAUGCCUAAUUAUUGCUCAUUCAGUUGGAGUGGAAAGUCUUUUUGCUGACUGCAUGAACUGGAUUAUAAGCCAUUUUGCAAGGUUUUGGUCAGAAAGAAGCUUUGCAAAUGUGCCUCCUGAAAUUCAGAAAACGUGUCUCAGUAUGCUGAUUCAGUCCUUAAAUCACAGGAAUGCUGCUUUUCUUCUGAUGGAAAGUGACAGGCUAAUCAUGGGUUUACCCAGAGUGAAGUGGACAGAAGCAGCAUUGUCGAUGGCAUCCCAGCUGCAAGAAGAGUGUGUGGCAUUUAUUGUAGAAAACUUCUCAAAGAUCAUUGAGAGUGAAAAUUUCACUCUGCUCUUACAGUCACAAGCAAUGAGCAGCACAGCUCAUCUGUUGGACAAAAUUUUUAAAGCAAUUGAAGACAAUAUUACCACUGAAAAUAGUUGCUCCCUCCUUAUGGCUCUGGACACGUUACUGAAUUCUGAAAGUACAAAGGAAAUGGGCUUUACGUGCAAGAUCCAAGCUGUGCGUGAUAAGCUGUGGACCUUCCUGGUUCAGUCCUUCUAUGCUGUUCGUCACACAGAAGGCUGGAAACGGAUGCACAUAGAUGACCAGCAGAAAAUCCAAGCAGCUGCAUUUGACAAAGGUGAUGAUCGAAGACUUGGCAGAAAGCCUGUGCUCACCAGUUCUCAGCAAAGGAGACAAGGCUCUGAAGUUGAUGUUAUAAAAAAAAGACCUUGGACAGAAAAUAACAAAACACCGUGUCGAACAUAUCUCUCUACUAAUCAGAAGAUGAAAUCUGAUGGGUUAGGAGCAUCUGGACAUACAUCCAGCACUAACAGAAAUAGUGUAAAUAAAGCAUUCAAGCAUGAUGAUAGUACAAAAAUAUCCAAAGUUACAAAAGAAUUGAAAACUGAGGGGAAAAAUGUUUCUGGCAAGUCUAAAACUAUAAUAAAGCCCCAGAUAGAAAACAGUGAUAACACCAAGUUGGAAGAUCUGUCAUCCAAAGUUGUGGGAAGACCAGCAAGAGUGGCAGCAGAUGGACAGAAGGACGCGGUGCAUGGGAAAGGAGUAAGGCGCCAAGAAGCGCAGACCACGGGGGCCAGGCCCAAGGUCCUCACUGCAAACCUGAACGUGCAACCCAGAGCCAAGCCUUUGAAAACAGUGGCAAGGAAAGAUUCUUCAUGCCGCACCACUGUGGGACCCUCUAGUAGAUCUGCAGAUUCGAGUAUGGAGCUUCUGACUUCCACUGGAUGUGUGGAUGAGCCCGAAGAAAACGGAUCGGUGGGAGACAGGUCAUCUGACGAGAAGCCGCAUUUGAGUGACUCUCCAGGACAGGCGUUGAGUAAUGGAGUCGUGUCAACUGUAGCUGUAAAAUCUCGACCAGUUUCAAGAAUUACCAAUGGAGCACCCAAUAAAAAAAGCAUUCAUGAACAGGACUCUAACAUAGGUGGAAGUGUAAUAAAAAGGGUGAGUGGUAAAGGCCUUAAUGACCCAGCACCACGGGCAACUGUGAAGAAGAGAGGGAGCAGCAAUGGACACACAGCAGCUCAGCCACGGACAAAGAGCGCCCCUCCCACCCUGGCUCAGAUUCAAGGAUCCCAUGGCGAGUCCCCACACUCUGUGAGAUCUUCAGUGUCUUCCCGGCAGUCUGAUGAAAGUGUGACAAAGUUGAGGCACAGUCCAGCUGCAGAUAAACAAAUACCUAAGAGGAAAAUUGUCAGGCAAGUACAUGGAACUUUGCAGAAGGUCAAUGCAAAAGUGGUGCCCAUGCCUAAAAACCCAACUCAGUCCAAGAAAGGUGGAACUCUGAGUAACAAAGAUCCAAGACAGAAAGUGCUUCCUGGAGAAGGGAUGCUACAAACUCAGGCUUCUCAGAGACCUUCCAAAACCGAAACAGCCACCACACAGAAGUGCAUACUUCCCAAUGCCAGUGACAAGAACCAUGUUCUUAAACAGAGGUCUCACAGGUCCCUGGUUAACCUGGCUUCUGAGACCAGUGGUGCAGAAGCACUCCAGUCACUGUGCAGACCACACCCACAGAAGCCAUUAGACAGUCAAGAAAAAAGGAAACCCGAGCUAGAAUGCCAAAAUAGUUCAAAGCUGGAGGAAUCAAUAAAACAUGAACUGAAGCCAAAACAAACUAGUGUAGAUCAAAGUAACACAUCCAGUUACAGAGACUCGAAUCAUUGCAAUGCAAAUUUGAAUUGUCAUAGCAUUACUGUUCUAAAAUCUGUGAUUUCAAGUCCAAAUGAAAACUCCAUAAACUCUAACCCAGUUUGUGAUUCAGACUCAGCAGAGCAAAUCUAUAUACUAUCAGAUAGAGAGAAACAAAUAGGAAGAAAAAACACAGACACUAAACCAAGUAUGAACUGCGUGAAAAUGAAGGAAAGUUUACUGUGUGUUCCUGAAGGGACAAGUGGUACCGUCAACUCUGUUCAGGACGAAAGAAAAUCAUCAGUUCAAAGCCAGUUACCCGGUGACUCUGCUACCAAGGACAGUAAAUGUGCUACAGUCAGCUCAGCUGUCUCUUCCAGAUGUCUUUUGGGAUACCCAUCAGAAAAAAAUUAUAAAAAUAUGGAAACAUCAGAAACCCCAGAGAGCCAUGAAACUCCAGAAGCUCCGUUCUUGGGUCCCUGGGAUUUGCGCACCAGUGCCACACAUCAGAGAGAGAGCCCAGAGUCGGACACUGGCAGUGCUACCACAUCUUCGGAUGACAUAAAGCCCCGCUCUGAAGACUAUGAUGCUGGAGGGUCUCAGGAUGAUGAGGGUUCCAAUGACAGAGGCAUCUCCAAGUGUGGCACUGUGCUGUGCCAUGACUUUCUCGGAAGAAGCAGCAGUGAUACCAGCACCCCAGAAGAACUGAAAGUGUAUGACACUAACCUAAGAAUUGAAGUCAAAAUGAAAAAGCAAAGUGGGAACGACCUUUUCCAGAUUAACUCAACGAGUGAUGAUGAGCUUCCCAGGAAAAAGCCAGACAUUUGGUCUCGAUCCACGAUAAUCCAUCCCAGGGAAAGAGAAAGUAUCCCACGAGGCAUUAUCCCAUUUGCUCAGGAAAUGGACCAGGUUUCUUCUUCAGCAGAUGAAACAGAAGAUGAAAGAUCGGAAGCAGAAAAUGCUGGGGAAAAUUCCUCCCCGUCCAACUCAGGUACUCAGCACGUUCAGGGAAUAAUUAACUUAGCUUUUGAAGAUGGGACUGAACAUGAAAGUCGUGAGUUUUCUGUAACGAAAAGGUUUAGAAGGUCGGUGUUGCUCUCAGUAGAUGAAUGUGAAGAAGUGGGGUCUGAUGAAGGGGAAGUUCACACCCCCUUCCAACCCUCUAUAGAUUCUCUUUCACCUUCUGAUGUUUUUGAUGGUGUUUCUUAUGAGCACCAUGGAAGGACAGGCUACUCCAGAUUUUCAAAAGAAAGUGAAGAUACUACUGUACAUUGUAAACACAACAAUAAAGGCUGUUUAUAUAAAAAUGAAAGCAUUCUCCUGGGUCCUAGUAGCAAAGACUCUUCAAGAAAAGAUAAACAGAGUGUCUCAACAGACCAAAAGAACAGGUUAGAUGUUCCAUCCACAGGAAGCCAACAGCUUUCUCCAGAAGAUGAAGAAGUAAAUAAUAGAAGUGAGGUGGCUAAUGACUUCCAGCAGCACAGCAUGCUCGUGGAUGGUGACACGAAAUCUCAAGAAAGACCGUGUCAUCUGGAGCUUCAUCAGAGAGAACUCAGCUCCAGCAUACCAAAGAUCAGCUCAACAAAAUCUCUAGACUCCUAUUCGAGCCAGGUUCUGCCUCAGGAAGGUCAAGUGAAAGAGAGCCAUUCCACAGCUCCCAAGAAAGCUAAUAAUGCUGUGUUUUCAGGAGACAUAGAGGAUUGUGGCACACUGGCACAAACCUGCAUGUAUGACCACCGGCCUUCACAAACCCUCUCUCCAGUCUAUGAGGUGGAUAUAACAGAAGCAUUUGAGCAGAAAGUGGGAUCAGAAAUCCAUGUCAUAGACAGGGACUCUGAAGACGGUCAGCACUUUGCCAAACAGGACUGGGCACUCCUGAGAGAUCUGCUCUCUGAACAAGACGCAAACUUAAAUGUCACAAGUUCUCUUCCUGAAGACCUGAGUUUAGCACAGUAUUUAAUCAACCAGACACUCUUUCUAGCUCGAGAUAGCUCAGACCCUCAGGGUUCAGCACGUGCUGACACUUGGAACAGAUGGAGUGAAGUGUCAUCCCCACUGGAUGGUUCCUCAGCAAGUGCCACCAUGGCCAGUGUCCCCUCUGAAGAGUGUUCACCUCUCGGGGAGUGGACAAUCCUGGAACUGGAAACUCAGCAUUAACAGUUCCAACAUUCGGGAAAAUUUAAACUAUGCCGCCCCUGUAUUUUUUGAUGCCUACAUUAUAUUUAUAAUUUCAUUAGCCAGAUAUAGACUGCCCUUAAAACUGAUGAAGUCUUUUCAAUUUAUUGAGGUAAAUAUAGCUUAUUUAUUAAUAUGUCUAAUGUUAAAAAUGUUUUUCUAAAUUUUUGAGCAUGUUUUCCAUAACUAUUAGAGGGAUUAGAAGACUUAUAGAAAAUCUUUGCUCCAGUUUUCUUUCCUAGCUGAUAAUUUGUUCAUUUAUUCAAGAAUUUCCGUGUCAGUGCACAAGGAGAUCAACCCCUUACUUCUUACAACCCCUUGAUUCUGCAUAUGGUACCAUAAUAAUUUAACAAUAAACUUACUGUGUGAAUGUGCAUUAUAUAAAAUCAAUCUGUGAGUAACAUUCAAACUCAGGCUGAGUGCUGGGGUUGGGGAGACAGAGGGCCCCUCCUCAGCUUUCACAGCAUUUCAGGAACAGGACAUUGAGAAGUGAGUGUACCUUGGGUUUCAACCAUAUUUUUUAAUAAACUAGGAGAAGUGGGACUUUUUGGAUACAUCCAGGGAUAGCCACUAGAAACUGUCUUGUCUCUGUGGACCGUAACAGUUAGUCACUUUACUUUGCAUGCCAUGAUAAGAAUACUUUGGAGCUGCCCUGCACUGAGCUAGCACUAAGUACUGAUGGAAAUGAGUGGGUGAGGCAGCGGAGUCCUGAUCUUAUGUGGGCACAUGCCUCCUAGUGAUCCUUCUUUGUCCGCCAGACUUCUCUGUCUGUGGUCUUGCAGGAAAGCAGAUACACAAAGCUACCAUACAGUACACACUUGGAUCUUAGAUGCUGGUGAGUACGGCCCUUUAAGGUAAUGGGGUUUCUCUGUGUCUUGUAACUAAUUCAUGUUUCUCUAGAAUAUAUCAGAAGUAAGGGAAUCUUUUAAGUUCAAAUUUUUCUAAAUUAGCAAAAUUUUCAAAAAUAACAAUAGGAUGUAUAAAUAUAUUGAACGUAACAACCAUGCUAGUAUAGAAUUACUUGUUCUAACAUAAUAGUUAUACUUUCAUUUAAGUACUAAUCUGUUAUACCAUAAAAUUUACUUUUUUCCUGUGCAUUUGCCUGCAUAUAUGUCUGUGUGAGGAUAUCAGAUCCCCUGGAACUGGAGUUCCAGACAGUUGUGAGCUGCCAUGUGGGUGCUGGGAACUGAACCCAGGUCCUCUGGAAGAGCAGCCAGUGCUCUUCACCAUGGAGCCAUCUCUCCAGCUCAAUUUUUUCAAAUUAUUUUACAUUUAUUUAUUUUGUGUGUUUAUGUGGGUAGGCUGUGCACAUGUGUCACAGCACAUGUGGAGGUCAGAGGAUGACUUGUGAGAGUUGGUUCUCUCCUUCCACCACGACAAAACUCAGGUCACUGGCCUUGGUGGCAGAUGCCUUCACCCACUGAAGCCAUCCCUCCAUUUCUGGUUUUAUGCCUUUUUAAGAAGCUAGACACUCUGUACAAGGGCACUUUGUCAUUUAGACUUAGUUAUUAACUUGGUUGUCUAAGGUAGAGAAAUAGGCAUUGAUUGUAAGCACUCAAGUGUGAAUAUGAAUACAAUAAACAUUUCAGUGUCUAGUGGAGGGCAGGAGAAUAUAAGAUCAACAUUUCAAUAUGAACACACACACUUUGUACUUUGAAGCUGGGUGGGAAUUUAAAGAUCAGACUGAUCUCUUUAAAUAGUAAAGGAAGGCUUUUGUGACCAGAAGACUUAGAAGGUUCUACAGCUAACUUGUGGGCUAGAAUCCACUAUUUCCUAGUUCCAAUUUGCUGUUAUUUCUACCACACAGAACACUUGAUUUUCUCACAAAGCCGUGAGCAAACAUUUACAAGUAGUUUGUCAUAUGAAAAUGUUUUACAUGGUAACAAUUAAAGCACACAUUCA